AAGAGAAAGAGAAGGAAGACAUUUUUGAUGAAGAUGAUAAUUUGAUGAAGGAAUUGUAUAACAAUGUAGAGAUGCUUAAUUUUAAAAACACAAUGAAUUUAGAGGAAUAUAUUAAUUAUUUAGAGGAAAGAUAUGUAGCAGAAAUACUAAACAACCAGAAAAUU